UGAAGAAGGAAGGACAUUAAAGACAUUUGAUGAACAAACAAGACUUACAAAGAGAUUAGAUGGUGUAACAAGGAAGCUCAAAAAGCAGUUUCUAUCUUUCUAUAGAUUUCUGCAAUUUUUUUGGGUUGUUUCGUUCAGUCCAAAAAUAAACUCAUCUUCUUCUUCUCUUCUUCUUCUCCACCGAUUCCAGUUUAUCAGUCUUUAUUUUUAUUAUAUAACUAGUCAUUAUGUAAACGAAUCUUUUCUGCAGAAAAAGAAACAGUACAAACUAGUACUAGUAGUACUAAGUUUUUUUUUUUUUGUUGUUGGUGUUGGAGUUUUUCAUAAUAAUUUGAUGGAUUCCACUAACAAUAAUAUUUCUUUCAUCAACCACCAUCAGUUUUUUCAUAAUAUUCCGCAGCAGCAGCAGCAACAACAACAAAUGGAAAAUAAUAAUAAUCAUCAUCAUCAGAUAUCUUUUGGAUUAUUUCAACAGUCACCUUCUUCAUCAUCUGCUAAUCCUGAUGAAAACUUCAUAAGCAAAGAGAAUGGUGGAGCUUAUGAUUUAGGUGAACUAGAUCAAGCACUUUUUCUUUAUCUUGAUGGACAAGAUCAUCCUUCUUCAUCAAUCCAAGAUCAAAGACAGAAUAAUUAUGGGAUGAGGCCACCAACUCUCAACAUUUUUCCAUCACAGCCAAUGCAUAUCGAGCCAUCUUCAACUAAGGAAACUAUUGGAUUAGUUUCUCAAUCUACAACAAGUGGCUCCAAGAAAACAUCUCAACCAUCAACGGACAAAACUGAACCACCACCCAAAGUUCCUAAGAGAGAGGGAAGUGGUAAGAGUCCAACUUCAAGUCAAGAACAAGAUGCACCCAAAACACCAGAUCCCAAGACAUUAAGAAGACUUGCCCAGAAUAGAGAAGCAGCAAGGAAAAGCAGACUUAGAAAAAAGGCUUAUGUACAACAGCUAGAGACAAGUAGAAUAAGGCUUGCUCAAUUAGAGCAUGAAAUACAAAGAGCCAGAUCUCAAGGAUUUCAUGUUGGAGGAAAUGUUCUUCAUGGAGGAGACCAAGGCUUUCAAAUUAAUAGGACCAAUAUCAGCUCAGAUGCUGCAGCUUUCAAUUUGGAGUAUGCAAGAUGGCUAGAGGAACAUCAUAAACUCUUAUGUGAACUUAGAAAUGCAAUAUUUGAGGAACAAUUGCAGGAGGACGAACUUCGUAUUUACGUCGAAAAUUGUGUGGCACAUUAUGACAAUAUGAUGAACUUUAAGGGCAUUCUUGCAAAAUCAGAUGUGUUUCAUUUGGUUUCUGGUUUAUGGAAAUCUCCAGCUGAACGUUGCUUCUUGUGGAUUGGUGAUUUUCGUCCAUCUGAACUUCUCAAAAUCAUAGUGAAUCAGAUUGAUGCAUUAACAGAAAACCAAGUGCUGGGAUUAUGUGCAUUGCAACAAUCAACACAAGAAGCUGAGGAUGUUUUAUCACAAGGAUUAGAAGCUCUAAAUCAGUCAGUGUCAGAUACAAUAAUUGCUUCAGAUGCAUUAAUAAUGGGUAAUAAUGAGAAUAUGGGAAACUACAUGGCUCUUGCUAUCAACAAACUUUCCACUCUUGAAGCCUACCUUAGACAGGCCGAUAAUUUGAGGCACCAAACAAUUCAUCGGCUCCAUCAAAGCUUAACAACUCGCCAAGCCGCGAGGUGUUUUUUAGCCAUUGGUGAUUAUUUUCAUCGGCUUCGAGCUCUCAGCUCACUUUGGCUGGCUCGUCCUCGACAUGAAUAAAUUAAUUAAUUAGCUAUAUAUAGUUAAAAUUAGUCUUUAAUAUAAUCUUAAUUUCCCUCUAAAUGUUUUUAGUUGUUAUAUUUUGUUCCACGUUAAAUUGUACUUUUGAUAUAUAGUGUUGUGUUGAUAUAGAUGAAAAAGAAUAGUUACUAGUAAAAUUAUAAAGUGGAGUUACUCUUUAU